GAGGAUCGCCAACUCAUUGUGAGUCACACUCAUUGACAGAAGUUCAUCAACAACACUCCCAACAACAUUAACGGACAGAUUUCAUGCGACCCAUGCUGCCAUGCUGCCAGGCAGGCAAGCAAGCACACUGGCAAGACCUGACCGCCUUUGCGUGAACGUUUGCCUUGGGGCAACCCUGGUCCGCUUGGUGGGAGCGGAGACAGUCAGCCUGUCAAGGAACUUUCGGUGUCCUCGGCACGGGAAACGGAGAACAAAACCCCAAGGAUGUGGGACCUCCAGUUCGUCAGCGCGACAGCGGAAAGCCAAGACUUUUGGAAGUUGGGUCGCGCCGCUGCAUGUGCACUUUUUUCAAUGGGGACGGACUGGGAACAUUUUUUUUUUCCCCUUUCACGAGCUGUUGUUCUUUUCCUUCCAUUUCGAGUGGAGAGAAGCGGGAAAGAACAAAACGGGGUUCGGGUGUGUGUGUACGAACAUCAUUGUAUGGGUAAUCUAGAAGCGAGUGAGAGUGCGAGAAGAUCCUGGAGUGGGUGCCGGGUGUUUAUCAAACAGAAUGGGGAAACCCAAGCAAAAGACAACGUGGCCGUGGAACUUUGCAGACAUGUGAGUGUCGAGUGAGCCCUGUGAGAGUGAGGGUGAGAGUCGUCGUCAUGAUGGGCAAGACCAUCACCGCCCGUGGCACCGCCGCCGCUAGGUAUGACUGGCUCGCCGUGAGGCCGAACGCGAAAUCCACUCACUCGCUCAGCCAGCCAGCCAGCCAGCACCGCCAGCCCGUUUCUCGACCACAGGCUUUCCGAGUUAGAGGAU